ACCAACACAACGUGAUUGUCAACGAGUUAGCAUGAGAGGAGUUUGUAAUUCUUUUGCAUUCGCAGCUUGCAAUUGUUAACAGCUGUCAUCAGAAGUACCAUUAUCGAAUUGAAUAUUACUUCAAAAAGAAAGAUAAUUCUUACUUUACAUCUGCUACAAAACUUGCGAUGUGUUUCAAUAGCUUGUUGUGGGUACAGCUAGCUAAGUUGGAUGCAUUUCAAGUUAUGCCAGUAACUUGUGCGCUAUUAUAGAUAUACUACAUAUCUGUGCAUGCAUGUAAUGAUAUACUGUAAUAUACGACCAUUUGGAAAAGUCAGACAGUAGAACAUAGUUAGUGUCAAUAUUGUUCAGUCGGAAGUGAGUCUUGGAUCACAUCACAACGGGAACAAUUUAAGAAUGGGAAAAAAGAAAGGAGGAAAGACUGAACGCUCCAUGAAUCGGGGAAAAGAUGCACGGCACAAGAUGAAGGGCAAAUCACUGGAAUCCUUCACAGAGGACAUGCACAAUGCCUUGCAAGCGAGUGAGGAGCCGUCAGCGGAGGGUGGGGCGGUGGUGAAGCUGCCGUGCCCGUUGGCCAUGUGGGACCUGGGCCACUGCGACCCCAAGCGCUGCUCCGGCAGGAAGCUGAUGAGGAAGGGCCUGGUGCGGGGCCUGCGGCUCAACCAGCGCUUCAACGGCUUGAUCCUCAGUCCAAUGGGCACCAGAUACGUCACUCCGGCAGACAGGGAGAUUGUGGCCCACUCUGGACUGGCCGUAAUCGACUGCUCGUGGGCUCGACUGGAAGACACGCCCUUCAAUAAGAUGAUUGGCUCCCACCCACGCCUCCUGCCUUACCUGGUAGCUGCCAAUCCCGUCAACUAUGGCAAGCCCUGCAAGCUGUCCUGUGUGGAGGCCUACGCUGCCACCUUCUGCAUCGUGGGAUUUCGGGACCUGGCCCUGAUACUGCUUAAGAAGUUCAAGUGGGGGGAGGGGUUCCUGGAACUCAACAAGGACCUUCUAGAGCGCUACGCCACCUGCCAAUCAGAGCAGGAGCUGCUGGCGGCGGAGAAGGAAUACCUCACCACCAGCCCUGAGGAGGAGGAGAUAGAUCCCUUUGAUGUUGAUUCAGGCAGAGAAUGUAUGAAUCUAAAUCGACCCGUGAGGAGCUAUAAUGACGACGACGACGAUGAUGAUGAUGGUGAUGAAGAUGAUGCAGAAACCUCUGAAGAGGAGGACGAAGAAGAGGAAGAAAACAAAGACUCAGAAGCAAAAGCUGCUGUGAGCGAGAAGGAGAGUGACGAGGAGGCGUCCUAGUAUGAGGAGCUGAGGAGGCGUCCUGAUCGGAGAAGUGCUGCUUCUGGACUUACACCGAGACAGGAAGUGUGGUGAAUUCCUUUUGCAACGAUCUGAGAAGCACCUGUGGACUGGUUGAUAAUUUGGUGCAUACUGUUGGGAGAAGGCUAUGCCACGGCCAAAUCUGAUUUAGGCUGGUUAGAUAAACUGGCUGUCUUGACAUUGACGCUCCCACACAGGAUUUUUAGCAGAUAGCCGUCACUUUGGCAGGCGACUUGCUUUACGGCAUCCAAACCUCAUGCCACUAACAUCGUGGCGGUAAAUUAAAUGUAGUCUGCUCGUCAGUAUCUCAUCAGGAUUAAUUCAGAGUCAUGUUGAAUAAAUGGUCAAAGUUAAUGUUGUCUCUCUGCUACCUGGCAAACAUGGGGCCGUGGCCUACUAUGGACACAUUUUUAGUCAUGGAAACAUGCUGGGAAUUGAAAACACUCUGGUAAGAAAUUAGAAAAUAAUGAAAUAAUGUCUAUCUUUUCUAUUUUUGAAAGUGUUUGUUGAAAAUUUGGAUAUUUUGGAAAUCUAUGCUAAUAUAUCACUCAUAACUUCUCACA